UGGUUUGUUUGUGAUUUGUGAUAAGUGGAUUUGUACUGAUAAAGGUGAAUCCAUUCAGUAUAAAAAUAUAGAACCUAUAUGGUUCUAUAGAUUAUGUAUAAAGUGAUAUAAAAACAAUUGAAUGUUUAAAUCCUUAACAAUUGUUAGAAUCAUGCAAUCGACUAAAUUGAAAACUGUAUUGAAAUUAAAUGUGCUGCAAUGGAAUUUCAUACGAACAACAGCAGUAAGGAGUGCUACCGUGAACACGACUGAAGAGGUGCAAGCGCCGUUGAAGUCAUGGAAGGAAAUCCCUGGGCCGUCAUCGUUGCCCAUUGUUGGACCAAUACUGCAUUUUUUGCCGGGAAGAGCUCUGUCAGACUUAAAUAUUUUAGACGAUGUUUUAUACAAAACUUACGGACCAAUCGUCAGAUUGGAGUCAGUUUUUGGAGGUCCAACUUUUAUUUUUCUUUUUGAUCCUGAAGCGUGUGCGCAGGUGCUCCGUGGUGAGAAUUGGAUGCCAAUACGCCCCGGGUUCGAUUCCCUGGAAUAUUACAGGAAAAAGCAUAAGAAGACCCAAGCGGAGCAGCAAAAGAUGAGUGGACUUAUUACUGACCACGGUGAGAAUUGGAAGGAAUUCCGGUCUACAAUCAAUCCUGUGAUGCUGCAACCGAAAAUAAUUAAACUGUAUAGCAAUGUACUAGAAGAAGUGGCCGAUGAUAUGGUUAAGAGGAUGAAAUCUAUAAGAGACGAGGAUUAUAAGCUUCAGGGAGAUUUUGAUGUAGAAAUGAAUCUUUGGGCAUUGGAAUCGAUAGGAGUUGUGGCUUUAGGAGGACGUCUCAGAUGUUUCAAUCGAGAUUUAGCUGAAAAUUCGCCAGAAAGACGUUUAAUUCAAUGUGUUCAUGACCUAUUUACUACUGCUAAUGAAUUGGAUUUUAAGCCAAGUUUGUGGAGAUACUUUCCUACAAAGGCUUUCACGAAAGCCAUGCUUUUGUACAAGGAACAAGAGGAUUUAGCAAAAUUCUUCAUUCGCAAAGCGAGAAAGGAUUUGGAGCAGAAUAAGAAAUCAGAUUCGGAAAAGGCAGUACUGGAGAAACUUCUUGAAAUCAACGAAGAAAUAGCUGUCAUUAUGGCAUGUGAUAUGCUUUUCGCUGGAGUUGAUACGGCGGCAAAUACAAUAACAGCAACACUAUAUCUCCUUGCGAAGAACCAAGAUAAACAGGAGAAGUUAAGAGAACUAUUAAAAACAAAAGAUUCAGACGAAACAAUCAGAUACGUGAAGGCCUGCAUUAAAGAAGGAUUAAGAAUGAUGCCUGUUGUAUCCGGUAAUGUAAGACAAGCGACUAAAGAUUACGAUAUUCUGGGUUAUAAGAUACCGAAAGGGAUAAACAUAGCAUUUCAUCAUCAGUACAUGUCAAGUAUGGAAAGUCAGUUUCCAAAACCAAAGGAAUAUAUACCUGAACGAUGGUUGGAUAAGAAUCAUCCACUUUAUCAUGGAAAAGCACAUCCGUUUGCUUAUAGUCCUUUUGGAUUUGGAGUAAGGAUGUGUGCUGGUCGAAGAAUAGCAGAGUUGGAGUUGGAGACGUUCCUCGCUAAAGUGAUAGAAAGUUUCAAAGUAGAGUGGUUUGGAGGACCACCUAAAAUACAAGCAAGCUCUUUGAACUAUAUUAAGGGACCGUUCAAUUUUCGGUUUAAGGACGUAUAAAAUGUAGGACGUUCAGACAUUGUACUUGUUAUUUUAUUAUUGUACUAUAUUCUAUCUUUUUAUUUCAAUGAUUUUAUAUUUUCUAAGUACUCAUAAUUUAUCAGCUGUAUUUUUCUUCAAAUAAUAAAAUAAAAUUUGUUAAAUUUAUGUUUGAGAUAGAAAUCAAAACUUCCAUUUUUAUUUUCAUUAUGGUAAGCGAGACGUCAGUCCAGUCCAACUGUAGUGCCAAAGACCUAAGGGGUCCGGUCACUGCGCUCGUCACCCUGAGACAUAAGUUGAUAAGUCACAUGUGCCUGUCAUUUCACCAGCACCUUCACCCUUCAAGAAAGAAACGCAAUAAUGCUCACAGCAGUAAUGCUUGGUGGCAGUUCUUCACUAGACGAACUCUUUCACAAAGAGCGUACUGUUUCUAAAAUACUUUAAAUUGGGUCCGAUCUGGGCGUUCCUGGUCUCCAGGCCAGUGGCUCCGGAAUUGUCUUUACUCUGGUAAUUAUUGUUCAAGUAUUUCCUUAAAGAGCCUCUUAUAUAACAAUUAUGUCGUUUUAUUUAAAAAGUUUGAUUUCGAAUUAAUAUUGUAAAUUUUACAAUAUCUAUUUUGUUGUUAGUCGCUUUUGUAUUAGUAUUUUUUUGCUAUUUAAGUAUAUAUUAUAUAAGCGUUAAAUUAGGUUACAAUUACUUUGGCUCCUUAAAACAGUGCUAUAGCAAGUAUUACCACAGUAUUACAAUAUCUUAGUAUCACUAUUCUUCUCUAAAGUAUUGUAACGUCUUUGGAUGUUCGGUGACUUCGUUGCCCUUGUAGCUACUACGCAGAUACCUAUGUAAAGGU